ACAACGUGAGUCAUAAAUCCGUUGAAUUGAAAGUGACAACACUCAGUCAACGGAGGGUAACACUUGUUUAACUAGAUACAAGUCGUAAUAAGUGACGCUGUCCUCAGCUUAGCGCCGCUUGUUUAAUACUUGCCCGAUAUAUAAAAACGCAGUUCAACACGGUGAACGCUACUGUUUACCGUGUUAAACGUUUGUUAGCUCCCAUCAGCUAACCAGCUGACUGUCUAAAUGGACCCCACGGAGGACUUGUCUGCUCGGGUCCUGCUGGGGCACAUCCUCAGCACGGAGCCACCCAGGACUCCCAUCACCCGCAGUACCUCCACAACACAGACUACUAGCGCAACCAGAAGCAGCAAACGACUGAGCAAGAAAGCUGCUGGGGCCCAAACCCCACAGGCCAUCCUGAGACGAAGCCUGGGACAUAAACUACGCGAGAGUAUAACCAGGAAAUCCCUGCCCGCUACUAAAAAGAGGACCACCUCUGUCAUGCUCCCAAAGACACACACGCCAGCCUCAAUCUCAGCGAUGUUUGAUGAUGGGGACACACCAAGGCACAUACUCAGGAACAUCCUGCGAACAGAGCCUGUGAAGUCUCCUGUGGUUCAUGAGGAAGUUGCAUCAGAAGAGCCACAGCCAUCUUCAGUAGACUCCAGCAUUAUUGGGAGGCGUCCAAGUGUUGAGCUGUCAGGGUUGGAUUUGCCUGAUAUAACUAUUGGCAACGCAGCGAGUACCGCAAAGGGACUGAGCCGAAAGAGACCGCGUCAGAGUCUUAAUGUAACAGCUUUUGAAAAGCGUCUUAAAGAUGGAGAAGAGGUUGAGGAUGAAAAUGAAGAACAUGAAGAAUCAAUGGGUGAUCAUUCAUCACUUUCUUUGUCAAGUUCCACUUCUUUGAGUCUAAAAACACCCUUUGUGGAUGUUCAGACUGAGAAAAGGGGCCUGCAGAAAAAAGUGUUUGACCGUCGAAAAAUCUCUGUGGAAGAAUUUGGGGCUGCUGUAAAUAAAAGGCAGAUAGCAGGAGUGAGCAGCUUUGUGCAGGUGGAGCAAGGUCUCAGUGAGACCGCCUACUCUGAGGGCUUCACUUUGGGCUUAAGCAAACUCAGUGAACCUGAUAUCACGACUGAUAUCCUCCACUGUAACACAGCUCUCUACGCCCAGCCGGAUGCCAUGACCUCCGGCUUUUCCAUGAUUGCAACUCAGGACAAACCAACAGUGAUGGCAUCUCAGCUUCAGAGACAGAUGGAGCAGCAGGAUGAGGUGAUGGAGGCAGAGCACAGCAAGCCGGGGAAAGAUAAAUCAAUGUAUGCAUUCCCAACUGAAGAGGGGGCUGAACCUCAGAGUGAAGAAUUUCUUUCUCCGGUGGAGGAAGAUGCGAACACAGCUGAAUCUCAAAAGGAGGAAGAGAAGAGUUCAGCUGGUGGUCAACUUGAAGUUCUUGCAGCCAUGGCUGAGGAAGAGCAAGAUAUAGCUGAAUCCCAGACUAAUGUAAAGGAUAAUACAGCCGAGUCUGAGGAAGAGGACAACAGAGCGGAAGCUCAAACAGAUUCUCACUCUGAAGAGGAUGUUGCAACCAGGUUUCAGUCUGAGGAAGAGGAAGCUGCAGCAAACUCUCAAACCGAAGAAGAACAAGGUGGAGUUGAUUCUCACACUGAAGAGGAUGUUGCAACCAGGUCUCAGUCUGAGGAAGAGGAAGCUGCAGCAGACUCUCAAUCUGUAGAAGAACAAGGUGUAGUUGAUGCUCAGCAUGAAGAGGAUUUUGAAGCUAGGCCUCAGUCUGAGGUAGAGGAGGUUGCACCAUACUUUCAAAUGGAAGAAGAUGAUGAAGAUGAUGAUGAUGCAGUUGACUCCCAAAUUGAAGAGGAAGGCUUGGUUGAUCUGCAGUCCGUGGAGGAUGUUGUAGAAUAUCAAAGUGAUCAAGAGGAUCCUGCUGCCAAUUCUCAACCUGAAGACGAGCAUGAUGGGAGGCCAGGGGGGGAAGAUGUUGAGGCAUCAGAGCAGCUGGAACCUGACUUGGAACACAUCAGUCGGAGGCCUCAUCUCUCUGAGGGUGGACUCAUUACGCCUGUCACAGUAGUGGGCGGAGAUUUGGCAGAUGCCACAGAGGCAGAAUUGUCUGAUGGCAAGUCCAAAGGCCACAGCAGCCUGGAAGUGGGAGGCCAUGAGAGUGGUCGGCUUCACAUUGGGAUCAAUGACUUGGCCGAGUCCUCAACUCAACGACGGACGGAUGCUUCUUACACAGAGGCCGAGUCUGAUGCUGAUGCUGAUAACUCCUUCACUCCUCCGGAGGCGGGGCAUGAUGUUGAAGAUGGUAGACACCCGGGUGUCGAUUCACCUGAAGAAGCUGCUGAGCAGCUGGUGGAGGAGGAGGAGGAUGAUGAUAAUGAAGAUGAUGAUGAAGAUGAAGAUGAAGACAGUGAUGAGAUCCCCAGCAAGACUCCUGCAUUUGUCAGACAGAAAAUCAACUUUUUUCAGCCCAAUCCUCUGGCCUCACCUUCUGUUUUUAAGAAUAUUCAAACCAGCAGUAGUACAGGUGAAGGUUUUCCUGCACCUAAACGAAAGCAGGUGAGAAAGACGAGAACGAGGCCGGCUAAUAAGAAAACGGACCUUCCUAAGAGCUACCUGAUGGGCGUGUUCAAGCACUUCGCCAAAACGAAGGUCUCUGGAGAUGUUUACCCUGUCCUAAAAGAAAUAAUGGAUAAAUACUUUGACCGGCUGGCAGAGGACUUGGAGACAUAUGCUGUUCAUGCAAAGAGAAAAACUAUAGAGGUGGAAGAUGUGGAGCUUCUGUUAAAAAGGCAGGGUUAUGUGAACGACAAGGUCCCAGUGGAGGUGCUGAUUGAAAAGUAUCUUCGUAUGGACCAGCGGAAGCUCCUCAUCCCUAUUGCAACCAGUGGAAAUGUUAUUUUCCCUAAAAAGCGGCGCUAAAUGUUUUUAUAGAGCUAUGUUGUUGUUUUUUAGGUUUUAUCUCUUGACUGCUACAUAUUUUACUUUCACUGCAUUUUAUUUGCACAAGUGAUGUCUCCAUUUCAUAUUGUUAAUUAGAACAUUAAAAACACUUCUGUGUGGGGUCAUGUGUGAUUUAUAAUACAUCUGUAUGUAAUGCCACUAAUGGCUCAUUUAUUCUUUUGUGUGCAGGCUUAAAUAAAUAAGAGAUGUUGAAAUAAA